UCGAGCGCUAUGAUUUCGGUGGACAGCCAAUCAGCUGCAUCCAGGUCACAGAGCCGUGUUUGUAGCGGAAGAGAAGAUGGCGGCUGCAGCUGCGGGGAACAGAAAGAGCGGGCUGCUGGAGAAAUGGAGGAUCGACGAGAAGCCGGUGAAGAUUGAUAAAUGGGAUGGAGCGGCGGUAAAGAACUCCCUGGAUGACGCUGCGAAGAAGGUGCUGCUGGAGAAGUACGGUUACCUGGAGAACUUCCAGCUGGUCGACGGGCGCCUGCUGAUCUGCACCGUGUCCUGUCUGUUCGCCAUGCUGGCUCUGGUCUGGGACUAUCUGCACCCCUUCCCCGAGUCCAGACCCGUCCUCGCCUGCUGCGUCAUCUCGUACUUCAUCAUGAUGGGCAUCCUCACGCUGUACACUUCCUACAAAGAGAAGAACAUCUUCCUGGUGGCCAUGCAGAAGGAUCCAGCUGGGAUGGAUCCAGACCACAUCUGGCAGCUCUCCUCCUCCCUCAAACGGUUUGAUGACCAGUACACGCUCCGAGUGUCCUUCACCGACGGGAAGUCCAAGAAGUCGAGAGAGGCGGACUUUACCAAGUCGGUGUCGGCGUUCUUCGAUGAACACGGGACGCUGGUCAUGGACCAGUUUGAGAAGAGCGUUUCUAAACUGCACGACACGCUCGCCGCCGACAAGAAGACCAAAUAAAAGACGGGAAGCAAACGUGGUGUGAGUCUGCCUCCUCUGUUCCUCCUCAGAGUUCACUGGUUUCAGCACCGGCUCCAUCAGGAGCUGCCAGAGGAAACUUAUUCAUGCAUUCAUAUUAAAAAUCUGAAAUCUGCAGUCUGUCUGUUUUUACUGCCACACUCUGACCAACCCCAAAGGUCAGCACGCUCGGCCGGAAACGGGCGGCCGCUCCUUUCUUAGUCAGACUCGGCAGCAGGCUGAGUCACAGGUCCGUGUUGCCCACCGAUGCUCCGAGAGUGGGAAUGAUCGGAAACCAGUGAACUUCAGGAGGGACAGAGACCAGAGUCAGAGGCUCAGCUCCACUCUGAAGGAUUUAUUUUAUUGUCACUCAGAGGUCAAAGGUCAGGUGUUCUGUCAGCAGGUUAGGAACAUUUCAGCAAUUUAAAAACAUCCUGAGACUCAAUUCGUCUUCACCGGGUCUCCAAGUAUUAAAGGUUUAAGGACCGCUGUGUGACAUGGCCGUGGUGGGCGGAGCCUCACAUAAGGGUCACGGAGGUGGGGAAUAAGCAGCUGAUGAUGACCAACAGUUUAAAAAUAAAAUGUGAUAUUUUCAGUGUUUAAAAAAAGUCAAGUUUUUGUCAUUUUUUCUCUGUGAUGUGAGAACCAGUUUGAACUGCAGCAGCAGCAGGUGUCUGAACAGAUGAACUAACCGGCGAGUCGCCUCACAGGCUGACGUGUUGGUGCCGUACAACAGGAAGUGGACAUUGAUCAGACUUUUAUUUUGAAGGUUUUUAAUUCUCAGAUGCUUUCUCUGUGUUAAAAAAAAUUAAACUUGGAUCUUGUUAGAGAAACAUCUGGAUGUUUGUCUCACUUUGAGUUCAGCUCUCAGCCCCCACAGGGUCACCUGCACAGGUGAACCUGGUCAGCAACCUCUGGGUGUGGCUUUGGUUUGUGUGGAGGUGUUUGUGGUGCAGUACUGCUGUCCGGCCAGCAGGUGGAGAACUCAGGCUGACGUUCGUGUCCACAGGCAGCAGCCGGUGUGCUGCUCCAACACUGUUCACAUGGUUUCUGUUAAAGAGUCAGUGAUUGGACACGUGUGGAGGGUCUGGGCACUUCCUGUCUGCGUCCUCUGAGCACUGUCAGGCGUUGAUGAGGUUCAGUUUUCCAGCAGCAACAUCUGAACUGACAGCAAAACGAUACUGGUUUCAAUUUAAAGAGGGUCCUGAGUUCGAUUCGCCCGCCUGGCCGGUCCUGGUGAAUCUAAAUUGCCCACAGGUGUGAAUGGUUGUCUGUCUCUCUGUGUUAGCGACCUGUCCAGGGUGUGCCCCGCCUCCUGCGCUGUGGUAGCUGGGAUAGGCUCCACCCCCACCAUGACCCUGUCAAGGAUAAGAGGAUGGAUGGCUGCAGUUACAUUUAAACCUGACUCAACUGAACUAGUGUGAACAAAUCUAAACCUGCGAUUUGGUGGAUAAACUAAAUCUGUCAGUCUGCAGCACAGAGAUUUAAACUAAAGUCGCUCUUUGAACUCUAAAACAUUUCAGAGCUCACUCACGACGUGAAACAAUGAAAUCAAAGCUGUAAAAGAUUUCCUGAAAAAAACAUCUCAAACUCCAAACCUCGUAUUUGGCUUCAGUCUGCAGAAACCAAACUGAACAAUAAAGUUACGUCAAAUAAAAUAGUAUGCAGCAUUCGUGCUGAUGAUGUAGAGGCCGUCUGAUACUAACACGUCUUCAAAUGGCCUCAGACUCCACCCAAAAACCAAGAUGGUGGCAGCUAAAAUGCUCAGGGUCCAAGAGGCUGAAGUUGCUCAAAGUUUUUAACCACAAUGAGGUCAAACUGGUUCAAAUGUAAACUGUUGGAGUCAGCCCGGCACGCUCACACGGCUGCUGGGUUAGCAUUAAGCUAAAUAACACAGAAACAACAACAAUCGGACAACCCCCUAUAAGCCUCCAGCAGACUCAGAGGGAGCUCUGCGGUGAGUGUUUGGGAUCAUCGGUCUAAAGACCUUCAUCACAAAUGAGCAUGUUUAAAUUUGGUCUGUUUUCCCGUUAAUCUGACAUUAUCCUGUUGGCAGUGUCCAUCUGUUAUUUACAGGCUGUGGGUAGAGCACCUGUGGAAAAUUAUUUUAUUUUUUAGGUGACAAACACAAAUAAAA